AGGGCAUGCUGGGACAUGUAGUCCAGCUCUCUCGCCAAGUGGCUUGGCGGAAACGCCGCCAAAGAGCGAAGGACGACUCGGUUUCCCAGCGCCCUCAGCGCGGCUGAGCCUGACAGGCGCGUUUUCGCGCCGCGAAGGCGGAGGGCCGGUCAAGAUGGCGGCGGCCGCGCUGCUGCUGGUCUUCCCGUCUCCUUUGCCUCGGAUCCAAGGCUUCCUCCGAAGCUGCUGGUCCCAGCUGGGCUGCCGCAGCCCGCCCGGGGCUCCUGCUUUAGCAAUUCAGGGUCCAGCUUUUUUGCCUGAACCUGUAGAAGAGAAUGCUGAAAGUAAGGAGACUCCAAGCUUUCUAGACAGCAUAUUUUGGAUGGCAGCCCCAAAAUCAAGGCGGACCAUUGAAGUAAAUCGCUGCAGGCGAAGGAAUCCUAGGAACCUUAUAAAAAUAAAGCGAAACAUUGAUGUCUGUCCUCAGUGUGGCAACCUGAAACUGAAGCAUAUUCUUUGUGGCUAUUGUUAUGCAAAGGUUAAACGGGAGACAGUUGCCAUAAGGAAAGAAAUAUGGGCACAGGAGGGAGGACCACAUAAGGCUCCACCUGUAGAGACUGUUGUACUGUAUGAGGGAGAGAAAGCUAGAGAUGAAGAUGAAGGCAAGCGGAUCAUAGAACGAACAAGGAAGCGCCCAUCUUGGUUCACACAGGACUGAUUAUGUAGCACAGUGGAAACUUUGGUCGCAAAAUCCUUGAUCUCGCAGAGUAAAAAUAGCUGAAAAAAAUGCUACUGAUAACACUUAUCCCCAGAAAGGGUAAAUUUAAAUUGUAUUUUUUUAAUUUGCCAUUGUAGUACAGCAUCACUGCUGUACUUUAAAUGUUAGCUGGGUGGCUAAUUUAGCUAAUGUAAACUUAGCUGAUUUUGUCAUUGUAUUAAAGUUGGUUAAGCAAAGUCAAUCAUUUGCAGGAGCAGAUUCUUAUGGCAUCUAUUUGGUCAUAUUACAUUGUACUGUGCAUCGGGGGGAAACCAUGGAUUUAAACUGUAUUUGUAAAUGAAAUAAAGCAUAUUCAGCAUUAUAAUAAA